CUCAUCGAUCUCCGAACGGGUCAUAUCGCCCUCAAUAAGCACCUGCAUCGCCUAGGCAAAUCUCCAACAAUGUUCUGCCCCCAUUAUCCCCCAGUCAUUGAAACAGUCUAUCAUUUCCUCCUCGUCUGCCGUCAAUUCCGUAUAGAACACCACUUCCUAUCCAAUGCUCUGGGCAGACAGGCUACGUCCAUGCAAUACUUCCUGACACGAGAGGAGUUGUUUGCACUACCUCAUCGCAUCCGCUUCAUAAACAGCACGGAACGCUUAAGC